GUCAAUUUUCUGGCUGGACCCAGCAGCACUGAACCACCACAAGAGUCACACGGCGGCGGUGUGCACUUCAACUCGUGCUUCUUGACUCAUCUUCUCCAGUUCACUCUCACCCUGCCCAUUGAGCCAUUGGCCACCAUUUCUCUUAGUAUUGUUCGACUCACACCUCCACCCGAACCACCGCAUUGCAUAGCCAUUGGCUUUUGCAGACCGACUUUCAACUGCCAAACACACAGCUGUCCUCGAUACCUCUAAUACCACCACACACCCAAUAUGGCGGCCGGAGAAGCACGCACCGACGACGCCCGCGUCCUGGGCUACGACCCUCUAAUCCCACCUCAACUCCUCGAAUCCGAACUUCCAGCAACCGCGACCUCCCUCUCGACUGUCCGCCGCGGCCGUCAAGAAGCCGUCGAGAUCAUUCACCAACGCGAUGACCGUCUCCUCGUCAUGGUUGGGCCCUGCUCCCUCCACGAUCCCGAAGCCGCAGUCGACUACUGCACCCGCCUCGUGCAACUCGCCGACAAAUUGAAAGAUGAUCUCUGCAUUAUUAUGCGCGCAUACUUGGAGAAGCCCCGCACAACAGUCGGCUGGAAAGGUCUGAUCAACGAUCCGGAUAUUGAUGAGAGCUACCAGAUCAACAAAGGACUCCGCGUCAGCAGGAAAUUGUUCUGCGAUUUGACGAGCCAGGGUAUGCCUAUUGCUUCGGAAAUGUUGGAUACUAUCUCUCCUCAGUUCCUCGCGGAUUUGAUUUCUCUUGGAGCUAUUGGAGCUCGUACAACAGAGUCCCAGCUUCAUCGUGAGCUGGCCUCGGGUCUGUCUUUCCCGAUGGGAUUCAAGAACGGAACAGAUGGCGGUCUUACAGUCGCCGUGGACGCCAUUGGAGCUGCGGCUGCGAAACAUCAUUUCAUGGGUGUGACGAAGCAAGGUUUGGCUGCGAUCACCAAGACUGCGGGUAAUCCAGACUGCUUUGUGAUUCUGAGAGGUGGCACUAAGGGGACAAACUUCGAUCGCGAGAGUGUUAAGGCUACGAGGGAAGCAUUGAGGAAGAAGGGACUUCCGGAGGUCAUGAUGAUCGAUUGUUCGCAUGGCAAUUCGCUCAAGAACCACAAGAAUCAGCCCAAGGUCGCUCAGACGAUCGGUGACCAGCUUCGUGAGGGCGAGACGGGCAUCGUCGGUGUCAUGAUCGAGUCGCAUCUCAACGAAGGCAACCAGAAGGCUGGCACGGCAGGUCUCGCAUCGCUGCAAAAGGGUGUCUCAAUCACAGAUGCUUGCAUUCACUGGGAGGAUACCAUUGCUGUGCUCGAGCAGCUCGCAGAUGGCGUUCGUGGCAGACGUCAAGUGUUGAAGAGCAAGGCAAAUGGUGCGAAUGGUUCGCACUAAGGAUAUCGCUGCGGAAGUUUGGCCAGGUCGUGAAGGUACACGACGUAUAUGGAACCGUGAACGCAUGACAGGUUAAAGAAUAGAGUGUCAGCGGAUGCGAGCUUCGCCUCUGCGCACUUUUGGAAAAGUCGUUUCUUGCUUGACGUCUCGGGGUGCGAUCUUGCUCUAUACAGAUAUUCCUCUCGGCGCGGCGAUA